AUGACGUUCUUUCACCAAGCUGUUUCCGAAGUAUCUCGAAGUAUAUCUGAUGCUGGUCCACGACAGCAACCGCAUAGUCGAAGGGAUAGUACGGCAACUGUCCGCGAAACACGCGCCUCUCAGGCCAUGAAUCAUUCCGUGAGAGUAUCUUACGGACCACAACUCAGCAUCUUCGUCAACUUCGACAAGAAAUCUGGUUGGAUUCGAGUGGCGGACGCCGCGGUUGGGGAAUUGGAGCUCCUUGACGACGGUUCUCCGCAAGGCACGCUUCGAGAAACAACAAGCCCAAUCAACCGUCGUAGAUCUCGAAUAGUCUCUUCCUUUGAUAGCCCGCCACAUGCAGGGAAAUGGCUACCUCCGUCGAUCUGUGAUCUUCCUUUGCAAACUGCCAACGGGCAAGUGAAGAAGAUUAUGCUGCUUACUCGUGGCAAGAAGACGCAUAUUCUUCCGUAUCCGCUACCUGUCAGUUUAUCGCCUUGCCCGCCAUACCUGAUCAUCACUUGGAAGAAUACCCCAACGUCGGUUAUAUCGCGGACCUGUGAACCGCCUGAUGACAGCAGUUCACCUCCCUUCCUUCAGGUCAUUGCUCUGGGUGAAAUGGGAAUCGAGGCUCAGGAGCGAUCUUUUUCUUUUCUUAGUAGUAAAGGGAAAGGGAAGGCACGUGCAGACGAGAUCAUGCAUGUUGAGGAGGAUACGGGUGGCGACGCUGGCUUCCUAUGCGAGGGUGGACAUUGGGAUCGACCUCAAUUUGCUGCGCGAGCAGCGCAGUUCAAUGCGGGUGUCAGCCGUACAAAUUCCAUAUAUAGUUAUGCCUCUGGAUAUAGCAAUCUAGAGUCGGAGGAAAUCGUGAACCGGCUGCGAAGAGAACAAGGAUUAUAUUGUUGGUGUCGGAAGGGUGUGGAGGACUGGAGGGUGUUUUGGUUAGGAGGAAUCCAUACCGUUGACUAUGGAGAAACUCCGGAAGAGGAGUAA